AUGAGGAGCUUAGCUCUUAACCGUCUCUGGGGCAGCGAGUCAGCAGACGCAGGUACGGCAGCGCCUGACGCUGUGGCAAACAGCGAUGCACGAGUUGUGCAGCUGGAGGCUGCUUUGGCAGAGGAGCGCCGGAGGAGUGUGCAGAAAGACGAAGAGUUGCAGAAGAUGCAGAAGCUGAUGGCGAAGCUUGAGAGUCACAUCGAGCAGCAAGCCAAAGAUUCAGAUCAGGAGCACAAACGGCUGAGCAGCUUGGAGACGGUGCUUUCUCAAAAGCGUGAGGCAGAAGCUGAGGAGAGUGACAAAGUCAAAAGGUUGGUCCUCGCUCUGGCCGAAACGAAGCGCCUGAAGGAAACCGCCGAGAAGACCGCUAUAGAUGAAGGCGAGCGAGCGUCAAGGCUCGAAAGGCAAGUCUCAGACAUGAAGAAGACAGACUUCUUUUCUGCGGACAUGCAGCCCGUCGCCAACAGCAAUAAUGCUGAGGAGGAGCUGCAGCGGCUCCGAGAAGAGUGUGCCGCCGAGCAGCAAAAGCGAGAGGAUGCAGAAGUGCGCGAGCGGAUGCAGAGGGCCAAGAUGGAGCAACUUGAAACCCAGCUUUCAGAGGCGACGGCUCGGCAGCAAGUUGCUGACGGGGUCGCGAUAGCAAAGCAGCUCGAAGAGAAGGAGCAGCGAGUUCAGGAGCUCCUGCAACGUCUGUCCAUGACAGAGACGGCGCUGCGUGAGCCGAGCGAGCUGAUGCUUUCGGGAGAUGCCGUGGUCGCCGACCUGCACGAGCGCUUGAAUUCGGAGGAGAAGCGUCGAAGAGAAACUGAGGGCCUGGUUGCUGAUCGCGAGGGCGAGUUGAAGCACCUGCGCCAGAGAUUAAGUGGUGAGGAGAAGGAACGUCAGGAUCGGGAUCAGCAGCUGCAGCAGUUCGAGACCAGCCUGCGGGACGUGAAGCGCGAGAAAAGCGAAGUGCUCACAAGACUCUCAGCAAAGGAAUCACAAAUUGUUGAGCUCCAGCGGCAGCUGGCGGAGGAGCUUGCGCAGAGACAGGAAGCACAAAAACACCUCGUGGAGAAGGAAAGGGCCAUGAAGGACAUGCGGGAGCUGCCACUGGAAAGGCUAUCGGCCCAGCAGGCUGUGCAGGAACAGGUGAUCGAGAAGGAGCGAGAGGUCUGUAGCCUGCAACAGCAGCUUGCCGACGAGCUCUCGAAGCGCCAAGCUGUUCAGUACCAGAUCAUUGAGAAGGAUCGCGUGAUCUGCGAGCUGCAGUCACAGAUUUCUGAGCAGAGUUCCACCACUGGCCCACCGGAAGGAUACAACGCGGAUGGCACGAUUCUUCAGCCCAUCGAGGAAGACGGGACUUUAAGUGCUGAGGGCUACGGCUCGAUCUCCGUCGCUGCAUCAGUGGCCGCGAGCACGGCCCAGGCGACACCAAAGAAGCUUCCUCCGUGGUUGAACUCGCACAGCGUCCGUCAGUCGGUGCCAAUUUCCACACCCGCCUCGGCUACUCGGAACACAGCAGAGGGCCUGGCAGACGAUCCCUGGCGAGACUGCGAAGACAUAGCCAGGGAGGACAUGAUCUCCUUCCUCGCCGACUUUGCCAGGUUGAAGCAGUACGAGGAUGCACAAGCUUGGGCGCACGAGGCGCUCCUCCGACUGGAUGAUGACUGGACUGGAGAUAUUAUCAGAGGAGGAGUCCUUCCCGGCAUAGAAAGCUCCAACAAGGCUUCAGACACGAGAGUGCGGCAGCUGCGUGGAUGGGGUUGCCCCGCUACUGACAAGACGAUCGAACUUUGUCGAAGCAGCUUUCAGUCGGAGUCGACGAUGUCGAGCUCAGGUAGUCAAAGCACAGCUCCUUCUGGCUACUCCAUUGGAUCUUCGCAUGCAGACUCCGGUCCGAUGAGUCCUCUCCUUUGGAGGAAUACGGAGAGACCGCUGAAGGGCUGGGGAUCGCCGGGCAAAACAAGGAGACUUCCAAAAAUGCCUCGUGGUUGGGAGCCUGUGGACCAGAGAGGCCCACUCAGCCCCAUGACUUGGCCAAGGAUCCAAGGGAUACCAAUACACCUAUCGCAGGCGAAGCUUCCGAGAGCGGGGGUGAUGGGUGGAUCAGUGCUGUGUGGACAGGAAUCUGGAGCUUUGCUUCUGAUCCCAGCGCGUCCUCGCCGUCUUAGAGCUGAGACGAGGCCCUUGCCCUGUGCCUUGCCUUGUUUUCUGCCAAGUUCGGAAGGCUGUAGGAGUGUAGGAACAGAAGUGUUCUCGAGGCGGGCCAGUCCUUUCUUGCCUGUGAUCAGGCGGAAGGUUCAGGAUUAG